AUGAACGCAUAUUGCGGCAGGGACCCGAAUAGGGGCUUUGCUAGCGAUGAUAACUACGUGGUGGGCGAAAUAUUGGAAGAUAUCGAGUGUUUGGAUUUGGACGGGUCAGAUUUCGGAGAUACAGAUAUACUAAAUGCGGAUACAUUCGGAGAUUUUGGUGAUACACUUUGGGAUCCCACCGAAACGUUCAUGGAAGCAGAACGUAUCCAGAACUCGGUACCCACAAGACCUAAGCGUGUAUCUACAGCUCUCGAAAAGUUCAGCGAUUUUGAUGUAAUAAUAAGAAAGCAGGUGGAAAAUAGGACCCAAAGGAAAGACCAAAACUAUAGGAGACGAGAUAACCAGAAAAAAGUUGUUGCGAAUGUGUCAGAUGAUACCGAAGAUCACAAACCUGAAACAUGGGAGGAAGACCUCAAAAAGUACAAGAAACUAGGUCUUUUCGAUGUACCUGACGCUUAUGUAAACAUAUUGGCCGAAAAUAAGGCUAAACUUUAUAGCAGUUUCAAUGUAUCGCAAAGAACUAUUGAACGUCAUAUUUCCGGUGUUCACAGAAAUGCGAAAACGAUCGAAAGGGAAUUUUUCAUAAACGAACAGGAACUUGAUCGUAUACUAAGGAUACAAUUAGCACAAGUGUCAAAGAAUCCUAAAUUGCAGAGCUAUAGUGGUAGAUGGAAUUUGUAUCAUUUGGGUAUUCGCAAACCGGAGGAAGAAGCAGAUGCUGAAUCGGAUGAGGAAAAACCAGAUUCAGAAAAGGCAAAACAACCCGUAAAUAAGCCCAAUAGGUUUGGAAAAACCAGUUCCGCAUCUGUGCGUCAUGGUAGAAAGUUAAUUUACCUGGGAGGGGAUUCAGCAAAUCCGGUAGAUAAUUCAAUUGUAGACAGGCACAGAAGAAUUAGAGAAACGAUAGAAUGUUGUUAUGAAACGCUAUAUGUGUUAUGUGACGUGGAGCAGGAGAUUGAAAAAUGUCCAAUGAACCACGUAUCAGCACUCAACAAAAUGCAAAAGGACAGAGAUGAAUAUUUGCACGAGUUAUUUAUCCUUUUAACAGGAGACUUGGAUGUGUUUCCUGGUAUUUUAGAUUUAAAUAAAGGGCGUUUGCUUGUUGCAAAAGUUGGUAGGAAGCUUGGUAUUGAGAUGAAGCUCAUCUUGCUUUGUAUGAUUAUAGAGAGCCUGGACAAAUUUGUAGAAAUUUGCAAGUCAGUAGAUUUGGCAUUGGAAAACGAGGAAACACUUGGAGACUUUAUUGCAUUGGCAUGUGAUGCUCACAAUUUAAAGUCGCUUGUUGCAUUCGAGGGAUCCAAUUUUUUGAGCGAGUACACGUCCAGCGGUUUCCGAAUUCAAAACUUGCUCUUUAAUUAUUCAUCAUUUACAAAGCUUUUCCUGUUUAUAUUAGAAGGAAUAACCUUAACCGGACACUUGUACCUCUUGACCGGUAAAGAUGGAAGACACACUGCACUGCAAAGAUGCUGUAAUAUCCUCAUCAAAGCGCAACGGGAAUGCAAAGGAUUUGAGAAGAUUCUUAGUACUCGGUCGGGUGUGAUAUUCACAAACAUCUUUCUCGAAAGGAUUCGUGACAACAAUGGUGCAGUUGAUCAGAACACUAUAGACGUUAUUCUACAUUAUACACUUGAUAUAUCGGAACAUAUCGUAUCAAAUCAACAAGAGUGGAAUUCUUUAGCUUCUAAUAUUGUUAAAAUGUUUUAG